GUCAAUCAUCUGCUCUUUUCUGUCAGAUACGGAUCAGAGUCAGGGAGAAAUUUCGAUUGAAUUCGUUAUGAAUUUGUAUCUGUAAUUUAAUUUAAACAACUGAACAAUCAAAAUACACAAACAAAUUAUUUGUUAGUGAAAAUUAAAUCCUCCAGUUACCUUAUCUUAAUCGACAAAACCACAUAUUUUGUAAAACAUGAAAGCUACCCUGAUAUUCGACAGUGUAAACAACUUGUUGUUUUCAAAAUGGGAUGAUUCUUUUUUACAGCGUAUGAAAUCUCUAAAUGAACAGAGUUCCGAUGGGAAUAUUACUGAUAGUUAUAAUGUUGCUCAAUUGUUGUCACCGAUAAUAACAUCACAGCGCAUUAUGGCUGCACAGUUUGGUAAUACUUAUUCCUCCAUGCAAUGUAAGGAUGACACCGUUAUAGUCUUUGAUGAGUUCCUUGACCAUGUAUUUAUGAUCAUUACAAAGGAUGAUAUUGAUGAUGCUCAAAGAGAGCUAUUGGAUUGCAAAACAUUGGUACAGCAUAUCUGUGGACAAAAUAUAGAUUUGUUGCAUUCCCCUGUAUACCAGGGUUGGUUGUCGGUGUUACUCGAAAGCCGUACCAAGGGUGACUCCAUACCUGGAGCUAGUGGAGUGAUUGGUGAGAGUGGAGCCACCGCCUCUGCACUAAAUGCUCUCAAAUCUAUUUCAAAGGAGAUCAAGUGCGCAUCUUAUCAACAUUACCAUCUAAUAUUGUUUGUUGGUGAUAAAAUGUUGGCUUUGUAUUCAAGCCGUGGAAGUGAAGAUCUAAUGCCGCCAGAUCUUAUUCUGCUCAGUUUCCAAUGUAUUGCUGCACAGGAACAUUGGAGGAAUGCAAACAGAUCUGAUACUAAUACUGCAUCAAAUUCUUGGCUACCGUGGUUGUCAGAAGAGAAUAGUGCGAUCGUAAACCUGUGCGCGGGCGGUGCGGUGGUGCCGUGCGCGCCGCAUUCCUUGCACAUAGCGGAGGUAGCGCCGCGCAUUGUGUUUCUUGUCUUGGUUGAUAUGGAGAUGAGGGACAUAGGCAUUGCUGCUCACAUGUCCAGCCAGAUACUGUCUAACCUGGAAAGACUCUUACUGCAAAGAAACUUGGAAAUGCUACCCAACACAUUAGAUAACCUGGAAGCUGCAGUUAAGAAGACUACAGAUGCUCUACGUAAGAACAAAUCGAACGGCAACUUAUGCGCGAGACUUACCAGCCGUAUGCUGGAACUUCGCAAGUCGUGUACCACCACGACACCCCUCACGCCGGAGACCACGGCCACGGCCAUGAGGACCGCACUUGACGCACUGCUCGACCAUCUCAAACCAGACAUACCCAGUCUGAAGAUGGACCAGCCAUUGAAAGACCUCACCAAUACUUUAGCGCCAUACAUCGAGUUUUUACGCGUCAAAGCAAUGAGAUACUUCAGCAUGGGAUCGAGCGAGACGGAUGCGAGUUCCCUAACGCUGCACAAGUAUCUGUCGGAGUUCCCCGGCCUCGUGCACUUCGUGUACGUGGACCGCACCACCGGCCGCUUCCUCGCCCCCGACAUGGCAGACUGCGCCCACAUGCUCAACCCCCACACUGUGCGCGCUAUCGUGUCCCGCGCGCUGUCGUCGUUCCGCGAAGGCUACGGGGGCGCGGCAUGGCGACGUGGCGCGCUGCACGCCUGCGCGCUGCAGUGGUGGGAGCGGCGCGGCGUGCCCGUGCGCCCCGCGCGUCCGCCGCACCCCGCCGCCGCGCGCGCACUGCCCCCGCCCGGCGACCUGCGCGCCGCCUUCUACAGGCAACUCGUGGACUUGGCCUUCCCCACGGACAGUCAAGGGGUGAGCAUCAAGGAGCUAAUCUGCAUCCACCUGGGGUUGGUGCCGGCGGCCACGGCGGUGCAGCAGGCUCGCCGGCUGGCGCACUCCGUACACGAGCUCGCUGGCUACAAGCCGACGCUCGCCGCCGACUUGCUGUAGACCUAGACCGUAAGUCUAUAAUGGAGAAAUUUUGUCGCUGAACCCUCUCCGCUACCAUAUCUCGUUAUGUAUACAGGUGACAUCAUCGGCAAACUUUCCGAACGUGGAUAUUACCACUGGUCAAUAUUCCAUUUCUUUCGGCAUUCUGAAGUGAGUAAUUUAUUAUUGCUUUAUUUAGCGAAUUAAGUAAUGAGUUAUAAGAUCUAAAUCUGUCAUGUCUUUGUGAUAAUAAUAAAUAACAUUAGUGUUUAUCAAUAUUGCAUUGUAGUG